UAUAAAGUUGUUAUUUUCCUAUUGUGUUUUAAAAAGUUCGUAGUUUUGCAUUCGAAAAUCAAAAAGAGAAUACUGGCACUUCAAUCGCUUGCCUUGCUAAGAAACAUUUGGCGUAGUCAGCAGCAAUUGCAGCUACAACAAUUGGUCAAAGGAUUUGGCGUAGUAAGUAAGAAGAAGAGUUCCCACAGUUUGCCGAGUGAAAACCCAGAGCGCCAGCCGGCGGCUGAUUGUGGUCACAUCAUGAGUGGAAGAUAUCGUGGAAGCGGUGGCGGUGGCGGAGGCGGACGUUAUGGCGGCGGCGGCGGUGGUGGCGGAGGAGGCUAUGGCGGCGGCGGUGGUGGUGGCUAUAAUGAUUUUGAUAAUUAUCGCGGUGGCGGUGGCGGCUAUAAUGAUAAUUAUGGACCAGGACCAGGACCGAAUCCCUUUAACAUGGGUCCAAAUAUCUCAGGCAACGAUCUGAUGCAAUUAAUGAGUGCCAUGGCCAGUAAUUUUAGUAUGAACUCUCAACCACCGCAACCUAUGCGCCAAAGCUGUGGUGAAUUGCGUAACCAUCAUUGUGGCCUAUUUGUGGAAUUGUCUGGACGUUUGAUCAAAAAACGCGUCAAUCGAUUCGCCGAGCUGCGUGAUCGUAAUGGAGGCGCCUGUCAACUGGUCGUUCUGGAGGAUAAACAUCCACGUGUGGCCCGUCGCAUGAACAAUAUGCCCGAGAAUACCACCUUAACAAUUGUGGGUCAAGUGAUGCGUAGACCACACAAUUCAUGCAAUCAAACCAUGCCCACUGGCGAAAUCGAAGUGGAAGUCCAGGAUAUUCUAAACAUACAUUUUCCCACCAGCGGCACAAAGCGAGCUGGAGAUAAACGAACCUAUAGCACCAUGGUGCAACAGCAGAGCACUUUGGGCAUCACCAGUACCGAAUACAAGAUAGCCAAGAAUGAUAACAUUUUGAAAUACUUUGAGAAUCGCGAUUUAACCUGCAAUGAUUUGAGACGCGAUGAUGUGGGUAAAUCGGUGACACUUGUGGGUUGGAUACCAUCUACAAAGAAUAAUAAAUUUCUACAACUUAAAGAUGGUUAUGGCCAGACACAAUUAAUGAUUGAAGAUCAAUCGUUAAUGGACACAUUCCUCUCGACGCCUGAUCAAACAGUUCUCCAAAUCGUUGGUAAAGUUCUGGGCAGGCCCAAGGCAAACAUUAAUUUAAAAUAUGAUACUGGCGAAGUGGAAGUUAGUGUGACAAGUGUAAAAAUUCUCAAUCCCGAUGAUCCCUACGAGGGUCCCAUUAAGGCCAAAGAAAAGCAGCAAAAGUUAUCCAUUGAUGAUUUGGAAAAUGAAGAGGCUGCUGUCUCUAGCUCGGCUUCAGCAUUGGCCAAUAAUGGUGAGAAUGCAGAACAUCAAAACGAAUCGGAGGCCAAAAAUGGUACCACCACUUCAGGACAGUUUGAGAAAAUCGCUGAUACCAAUAAAUUUGCCGAUCGUACACAUAAUUGUGGAGAACUCACCUCCAAUGAGAUUAACGAUAAGGUUGUCAUCUGCGGUUGGCUCGAAUUCCAAAGGAUGAAUAAGUUUUUUAUUUUACGCGAUGCCUAUGGGCAGACCCAGGUCUUGUUGUUGCCCAAAACAAAGGGUCUGGAGGAAUAUGUGGAUACUGGAGUGCCGAUUGAGUCGAUUGUAAGAGUGGAGGGAACGGUUAUACCUCGACCGGCAGCUACCAUCAAUCCCAAAAUGCAAACCGGUCACGUUGAAGUCGAGGCUGAUAAUGUCACAGUUCUGAAUCCAGCUAAAAAGAAUUUACCAUUCGAAAUACGGAAAUUUAAUCGAGCUGGAGAGCGUUUACGCCUAACUCAUCGCUAUCUUGAUCUGAGAUUUAAUGAUAUGCAACAUAAUCUACGACUACGUUCAUCGGUGAUCAUGAAGAUGCGCGAAUAUCUCAUUAAUUAUUUAGGUUUCGUUGAGGUGGAGACGCCCACGCUAUUUCGCCGCACACCUGGCGGAGCGCAAGAGUUUGUGGUACCCACUCGUAAGGCAGGACAUUUCUAUUCCCUGGUCCAGAGCCCACAGCAAUUCAAACAGAUGCUGAUGUCGGGUGGCAUGGAUCGCUAUUUCCAAGUAGCUCGCUGCUAUCGGGAUGAGGCCACAAGACCGGAUCGUCAGCCGGAAUUCACACAGCUUGAUAUUGAAUUAUCAUUUACCAGUCGUGAUGAUAUAAUGCAGUUAAUUGAGGAGACUUUGAGAUACUCGUGGCCCAAACAUUUGUCCAAAUUGCAGACACCUUUCCGUCGGAUUACCUAUGAGGAGGCAUUAGAAAAAUAUGGCUGCGAUAAGCCAGAUACACGAUUCGGUCUCCUUUUGAACAAUGUCACCGAUAUUAUAGAGAAAUCUGAUGAAUUUAAAGAGAAAUACGAUGAUUUUGGGGCCUAUGCCAUUGUGGUGCGAGCCAGUGAAGCCUUCUGGAACGGGGCCGCUCGUAAGCAUUAUGAAGGCUUGGGAAAAGACUUUAAGGGCACAUUAUUUGUCCGAAAAUUCAUGUAUUCAAAGGAUGUCGAAGAGCGUCUUACUAAAUUGCUGGGCGAACAAGUCGCAAAGGAGGUCACUGAGAAAUUUGAUUUGGAGGAAAAUGAUUUACUCUUCUUGGGCAUUGGUCCCAAAGAGGAAACGCGCAGUUUACUGGGACGUAUUCGCUUGGAUUAUCACGAGUUUCUGGUUGAGAAUGGAAAGGCAAAGAAACCGCAUGAAUAUCGCUUCCUUUGGGUUAUAGAUUUUCCACUUUUCGAACGAAAUAGUCAGACCAAUCAAUUGGAAAGUGUUCAUCAUCCAUUUACCGCACCGCAUCCUGAGGAUUUGGAUAAUUUUGCCAACCAAUGUGACAAUUUGGAGAGCAUACGGUCUCAGGCCUACGAUUUGGUGUUAAAUGGCCAAGAAGUUGGCGGUGGUUCUAUACGGCUACACGAUCGAGAUAUGCAGCAUUUCAUAUUGGAUCAAGUCCUUAAAAUACCCCACGAGCAUUUGUCACAUUUGUUGAGUGCCCUAGAGUCGGGUUGUCCACCACACGGUGGUAUUGCUUUGGGACUCGAUCGACUUAUAGCCAUAUUGUGUCGAGCUCGAUCCAUACGCGAUGUUAUUGCAUUCCCCAAAUCCUUGAAUGGUCGCGAUCCGUUGUCGAAUGCACCCAUAGCCAUAUCCGAUGAGGAAAUGAAACUCUAUCAUUUGGCUGUUGUCGAGGCUACCGAAGAGGAGGAGGCAGCCGAGCGAGCAGCAGAGGCAAACAGCACGAAUAAUGGCCAGGAAGACGAUGAUCCAGAUGCUGAAAGAGCUCCACCCUCACCCAUGUCGGGCGUUAGCGACACGGAACAGCAGCAGCAGCACCAAAGCGCUGAUAUGGAUGUCGAAAUUAAGCAGGAAUUUGAUGAAUCUGGCAAUGUUAUAACUGCUCCAGCAGCUACAGCGACUCCCGCUAAAAGAACUGUCAAAAAGAAGAUCUAAAUAGAUGGUUAAGAGUGCUCAGGAAAUAGUUUAACACCCACAAAAUCAGUAAAACACAAAGAAACACACAUUUUAAUUUUAAGGUCGGUGAGCAAAAUAAUGGAGGCGUGGCAGUUGCAGCUAGCAGCAAAAGCAAAACUAAAAGGAUCAAGUCACACAUCGAAAUUCUGAACAAUUUCAACGGCUGGCAUAAAACCCGAUUUCAAUAUAUAUAUAUAUAUAUAUAUUUAUAUAUAUACCAUUUUACAAUUACUUAUAUAAUUACACAUUGCAUACAAAAAAAAGUGCUAAUUGUAUUCACAAGAAUUGUUUCAUAUAUAAAUUAAUAAAAUGCUUGAAAAAUAAUAUAAAUAUUAAAA